CGCCCCGGGCAGGCUGCGAUCGCUCCCGGCGCCGGGCAGGACUCGCGGGCAGAUUAUGGUGGUGCUGUUCCUGGGGCCAGGCCUGCGAGGGCACCACUGCCGCGCGGGGGCCACGGGCUUGCGAGGCGGCCGUGCUCGCCGCUCGGGUUUCGGGUGCCCCGUGCCCGGAGCUGCGCUGAUCCCCCAGGGCGGCGAAGGGAAUGACAAGAACUGACCCCGCUGUGCCCUGAACGAUUCUGAGUGUUGCAUCUUAGCUUCUGCACAGAACUGAAAGUCGCAGAGAGAGGAAUCGGAGUGACUCUUGCUACAGCUGGAGAGGAGCAGAUCAGAGGUGCUCAGAGUAGCCUGUGUGCGUCAGCAGAGAGAUGGGGAAAACAGCAGAUUCAACUGAGCACACUCCACAAGGAGAGGUGCGCCUCAUUUGUAAUGGGGACCCUGAGACAAGAGGGGAGAUGGAAACUCAAAAGAAUCCUCAACAAGAAAAGUUCCUAAUGGAGGUGCCAAGUAGGAAUGGAGAUGCAACGAGAGAACGUAACCCAGGUUGUCUGGCUCCUGUCAGGAAACCAUUAGUAGGGGGCACAGUUGCAUUUCUGGUCGUCAUCAUCAUUUGUUUGGUGGCAGCUCUGGCAGUGGUAACAUCUAAGCCACCUGUAGCUGAUGUGGGGGUACAAGGAGAGACUGCCUGCCCCAAUGGCUGGGUCGCGUUCCAAGGGAAAUGCUACUAUUUCUCAGAGGUCGAAGGGAGCUGGAACGACAGCCAGAGCAACUGCUCCUCCCUCGGUGCCUCCCUGGCUGGGAUCGACACCCAGCAGGACAUGGACUUCGUGCUGCGCUACAGAAGCCACCGUGAUCACUGGUUCGGCCUCCGGAGGGAGCAGGACCUCCGGCCCUGGAGAUGGGUGAACGGCACCAAAUUCAACAACUGGUUUAAAAUCGGAGGGGGAGGCAAGUGCGCGUAUCUGAAGGAAGCAAAAGCCAUCAGCUCCUCGCGGUGCUCUAUGGAGAGGCACUGGGUCUGCAGCAAACCCCACACGUGUGCAAAGGUUUAGCAUGGCGCCGGGCAGGGGGCUGAAGGCUCAGCCCUGAAGAGAAGGGACAUUGUUGAUGCUGACGGGCUCGGAUGUUUUUCUGGCUAAUCAGAGCGUUCGCAGUUAUGCUAGUGAGACCAAAAAGCAUCUGAGAUGGGCCAGACCCUCCUGCUUCAGGGCCUAAGCUCCCUAUCUCGGGGAGUAAACUUUCCCCUGUGGGCGAGUGAUCUCGUAACUGGCCAUUGGGUGUCCUGCCCUUUGCUCUGUGCUCCACAGACAGGAGACUGGACUGGAUGAAUUGGCGAUUCCUGAACCAGCUGGUUCUCACCUGAGGCCUCUUCUUCUGGUAUGUCUGGACACCCAGACAGGCAAAUAAGGACCAAACUCUGGGCCACCUUUCAGGGAGCCGUUUUGAUCUCAUCUUCCAGUUGAGCCACUCCAAAGCCACAGACCUGCCACCAGCCAUCACUUCCACAACCAGCACUUCCAGCUAUAAUAAAGCCGCCUGGUGUGUACACACUACAGCAGGGGUCGGCAACCUUUCAGACGUGCUGUGCCGAGUCUUCAUUUAUUCACUCUGAUUUAGGGUUUCCCCGGCCAGUAACACAUUUUAAC